AUGGUUGAUUACUUUAUAGAUUUAGCCAGAACUAUAGGAGUUCUUACGGACCCAUAUAUUAGUCCUUUAGAAAAUGUCCUAAAAACAACAUUGAAUUCAACAUUUCCACAAGUGUAUCAAAAUCUCGAAGAAAUAUUAGAAAAUAACAAAUCACCUUUCGUUGAUAAAUUACCAUUAAUGAAUCUAUUUCAUGUAUUAAUAAUUACCAUUGGUUAUUUAUCGACAAUCUAUAUUGGUAAAAUGAUCAUGUCAAAUCGAGAUAAGGUAUCAGUUAAAUGGUUAAGCAUAAUGCAUAAUUUGAAUUUGGUGGUUUUAAGUGCUUAUAUGUGUGUCACGGUAUUAAGUGAAGCUUGGAGAAGAGGAUAUUCAUUAUUUGCUAACGCUGACGAUAGAUCUGAGGAAGGAUUUCAGAAGAAUAAUCAUCAAAUUUCAUUUUUACAUGUUUAUCAUCAUUUUUCAAUCUUUAUUAUUUGGUGGUGGGUAACUUACGUGGCACCUACUGGUGAAGCUUAUUUUAGUGCUGCUUUAAAUUCAGCCGUCCAUGUAGUAAUGUAUGGAUAUUACCUAAGCACCGUAUUAUCAGUUCCUAUUCGAUUUCUUAAAAAAUAUAUUACAUUAUUUCAAAUGACCCAAUUUUCAUUAAAUAUGAUUCAAGCUAGUUGGGAUCUAUUUUAUUUUAAAAUUUAUAAUCCUACUUCAAAUAGUUAUCCCUUUAGUUCAACUAUUUUACUUUGGUUUUAUAUGUGGACCAUGUUGGGAUUAUUUGCUGAUUUCUUUAGAAAAGAUCGAAAACGUGAAAAGGAACAAUCAAUCAAGAAGAAAGGUCAGUGA